GACCAGCUGCCACCUGCCCUCACCCCCAUGGUGCUCAAACUGAUUGCAGUUCCAGCUAUGGCCUCACUGCUCCGGGCUGCAGCCCCGGGACUCUUCUCCUGGAGGGGGUACUGCUCCAGAGGGUCGCAGGGCGAGCUCAGCAAGGGCUUCGUGGAGUCUCUAAAGGCUAUUGUGGGGAGCCCCCACGUGUCCACUGCUGCUGCUGUUCGAGAGCAUCACGGGCAGGAUGAGUCCAUACACAGGUGUCAACCUCCAGAUGCGGUGGUGUGGCCCCAGAAUGUGGACCAGGUCAGCCGGCUGGCAGCUCUCUGCUAUGGCCAAGGUGUGCCCAUCAUCCCCUUCGGCACAGGCACCGGUGUCGAGGGGGGAGUCUGCGCUGUGCAGGGUGGUGUGUGCAUUAAUCUGACCCACAUGGACCGGAUCACGGAACUGAACACAGAAGACUUCUCUGUGGUAGUGGAGCCUGGUGUCACCCGUAAAGCUCUCAAUGCCCACCUGCGCAACAGUGGCCUCUGGUUUACUGUGGACCCAGGUGCAGACGCCUCUAUCUGUGGCAUGGUGGCCACUGGGGCUUCAGGCACCAACUCUGUGCGCUAUGGCACCAUUCGGGACAAUGUGGUCAAUCUGGAGGUGGUGUUGCCUGAUGGGCGGCUGCUUCACACUGCGGGCCAGGGCCGUUAUUUCAGGAAGAGUGCAGCUGGCUACAACCUCACAGGACUCUUUGUGGGCUCUGAGGGGACACUGGGCCUCAUCACAUCUGCCACCCUGCGCUUGCACCCUGUCCCCGAAGCCACAGUGGCUGCCACCUGUGCAUUCCCCAGUGUCCAGGCGGCAGUGGACAGCACUGUACAGAUCCUCCAAGCUGCAGUGCCUGUGGCCCGCAUUGAGUUCUUAGAUGACGUCACAAUGGACGCCUGCAAUAGGCAUAGCAAGCUGAGCUGCGCCGUGGCGCCCACACUCUUCCUUGAGUUCCACGGUUCCGAGCAGGCACUGGCAGAGCAGGUGCAGCACACAGAGGCGAUCACCCAGCAGAAUGGAGCCUCUCACUUCUCCUGGGCCAAAGAGAGUGAAGAGCGCAACCAGCUUUGGGCAGCCCGGCACAAUGCUUGGUAUGCACUCCUAGCCCUGUCUCCAGGCUGCAAGGGCUAUGCCACUGACGUGUGUGUGCCCAUCUCCCGGUUGCCGGAGAUCCUGGUGCAGACCAAGGAGGAACUGAAGACCUCGGGACUUAAAGGAGGCAUUGUUGGGCAUGUGGGUGAUGGCAAUUUCCACUGCAUCUUGAUGGUCAACCCAGAUGAUGAGGAGGAGCACCACAGGGUCAGAGCCUUCACAAAAAAGCUGGGCAGGCAGGCACUGGCACUCCAUGGGACGUGUACUGGGGAGCAUGGCAUUGGGCUGGGCAAGCGGCAGCUACUGCAGGAGGAGAUUGGUGCUGUCGGCAUGGAGACCAUGCGGCAGCUCAAGGUCAUGCUGGACCCACGGAACCUCAUGAACCCAGGCAAGGUGCUGUGAGGAGCUCUGAAUACUUGGCUACCCUGCAAAGGAUGGACAAUGCAGAUGCUGUUUCUGCCUGCCAGUUAGCCCUCUGUAGCUGGGGCCUAGAGUUCAAGCCAGGAGAGAAGCCGGGUUCCCUCCCUGGCUCUCUUGCUGUCUUCAAAAGCCUUUGGUCCAGUAAAUGACCCAGCGUGGGUCCUGGUGAAGCUGCUUUCUA